GUGGGAGCUGUACCCAUGAUGCAGUGCGUUGCCGCCAUUAGUCCCAGGCCGGCGCGAAGUGAGGAAGGUGCUCUGGUUGACAAUCCAAGAGAAACAUGGCAGACCAAGACAAUAAAGUGACGAGUUCCCAGCCGCCCCCAGCGGAGGGAGAUGACGGUGACGUUGAGGAGGUGGCUCUGGAAAGCGAGGACCCAUCCGCCGCCGCGGCCGCCAUGAUAGCGCAGUCUGGCAUCACCAUAGGUGACAUCUCGCUGACAUCACAGGCUCUGCAGAACCCACAGGUACUGGCCGCUCUACAGGACAGGUUAGGCAACAUCAUGGGACAGUCCUCCGGAUACGUAGAAAACCUCCCCAAGGUGGUGAAGCGGCGAAUCAAGGCGCUGAAGAACCUGCAGGUCCAGUGCACCAAGAUCGAGGCUAAGUUUUAUGAAGAAGUCCACCAGUUGGAGUGCAAGUAUGCCAAGCAGUACCAACCUCUGUUUGAAAGGAGAAGGGACAUAGUGACAGGCACAGUGGAGCCCACUGACUCAGACUGUGAGUGGGAGAGUGAUGAGGAAGAGGAGGAAGAUGCAGAGGGAAAGACAGAUGAGGAGAAGCUAGUGGAUGACUUGAAGGAGAAGGCAAAACUGUCAGAGGGGGAGAAGGAAGAAGAGACCAUGGAUGAAAAUGUGGAAGGCAUCCCAGAAUUUUGGUUGACAGUCUUCAAAAACUGUGAACUCAUCAACGACAUGGUACAGGAGCACGAUGAAAAUAUCCUGAAGCACCUGACAGAUGUGACGGUGGAUUUCACAGAGCAGCCCAUGGGUUUCACUCUGCUCUUCCACUUCGAGGCAAACGACUACUUCUCCAACACGGCGCUCACCAAGCACUACGUGGUGCGGUCUGAACCUGACGACCAGGACCCCUUCGCAUUCGAAGGACCUGAAAUCAUCAGCUGCAAAGGGUGUCACAUUGACUGGAAGAAGGGGAAGAACGUGACAGUCAAGGUCGUGAAGAAGAAACAGAAGCACAAAGGUCGCGGCACGACACGUAUGGUCACCAAGACGAUCCAGAAUGACUCCUUCUUCAACUUCUUCAACCCUCCACAAGUUCCUGAUGAUGGUUCUGAACUGGACGAUGAUGCAGAAACCAUCCUAGCGGCAGACUUUGAGAUCGGUCACUUCUUCCGUGAGCGGAUUGUUCCCAAGGCCGUGCUGUACUUCACAGGAGAGGCAAUGGAGGAUGAGGAGUAUGAGGAAGAAGAGGGAGAGGAAGGGGAGGGUGAGGAGGAGGGUGAGGAAGGUGAGGAUGAUGAGGAUCAUGACCCUGACUGGAAGCCCCCUGCAGGGGGUCCAGAGAAGCCGCAGGAGUGUAAGCAGCAGUAGUUGUAAGGACCUGAGUGACCAGUGGAAAAGACAUGUCUGCCAGACUGCCACACCAUUCCAACAUUCAGCUCCCCACAACAGAUGUCACAAACCUCCAGCAAGACAAAAGGGGAGGUUCUGUCAGUGGGCUGGGCUGACAUUUACUUGGGAUGUUUCAUUAACUCCACAGAGGGGGUAUGGGAUUGUGUGGAGAGCCAUUUUUGUAUGACCUAGUGUUCCUGGCAUCCUUAGCUAUCAACCAUUGUGCAAAUGGACAGUCGCUGUUUUUUUGUUGCCUUGUUUCAUGUAGUGCAGGAUUUGGCUUCCGUUUUUUUUAAAGUGCAAAGUCCCCAUCAAGCAGCUACAGUUAGGGUUUGCAGUACAGCUUCAAGUUGUGUGUUUACAGUUUGUGUCUCUGCCAGGAGUUUUGGAAUGAAAUCUGGUAUCACCUCCAGCCAUUUGUCCUGUGAUCCGUGCCUUAUUGUCCAGUCUUGUUUUUUUUUGUUUUUUUUCUGGUUUGGGGCUGAUUGUACAUUUGUAGGUCCUACUGUGAUUUUAUGCACCUAUCAAUGCAGUUCCAAGUUGGAGUAUGUAUGGGGAGUUUUUCAAAGCCAACAGGUCUUGUUUUGCUCUGCCAAGUUGUCAGAAACUUUGAGCUUGAAAUAUGUGUCUACAUUAACCAAGAGUCUAACCCCUUAUUGACCCUAUGCAUGCCUGGAACUCUACUGACUUCCAACACAUAUGCAAAUUAACCUGCACUUCUAUGGUUCACGUUGUAAAGCAAAAAUGAUAUACACUGUCAGAUAUUUUUGUAUAGGGGCAAUAUUUUGAUGUCCUAACCCCACAGAGUACUCAACCUAACAUGUGGAAAUUGCAUUGACAGGUGCACAUUAAAAAUGCUGUGUAUUUCUAAAUUGUAUCAUACCAGUAUGUUCAAUAUUGAUGAUUGAAAAGUAGAAAUACGUGUAGGUAGGCAAGUAGUCCGGUAUGUAUAUAAAUUUCCACUUCUCUGCAACUGUCCAUCCUUUGGUCAUCUAAAUUUUCACGUGGUAACAAGUCCUGUUAACAACAUUAUUGCCAGUUAUUUCUUCUGGACCCAGAUUUAUAUGAAGUACUAGAUAUAUUAUCAAUAACUUUGCAGUUUCCAUCUGCUGCCCCCCUCCCCAAUAUGGCAACCCUCCUCUGAGGUGGCCAUUACAGCACAUAACAGUGCCUGUUACUUUGCAUCUACAGCAAGGCCAAGAGCACAUACUAGUCAGAAGCCCAAUAAAAUGUAACAAGUGUUGUUAUGUAUUCUGUGGCAUUUGACCAAAGUAUGUUUAUCAUUAACAUAAAGUACAGGCUCCGAUUUUUACUGUAGUGGUCACCUAUUGUGAUCAUUGGAUGAAGAGGAGAGUUGACAUAUUAAUAUAGCACACAGAAGUAGCCAUUUAGCUACCAAUUCUCUGUUGGUUACAGGGUUAGGCAGCAGGCAGUUGGAACAGUAGGAAUAUAAAAAUUUGUAUGAAAUAGUCCAUGUCUAUACCCAUAGAUACAGAAAUGUGUAUACAAGAUCAGAAAUUAUAGUGACGUUUUCAGAAGGACUCCAGAUCUAAACGUGUUGCUGUAAAACCUUGUAAAGAAAACUAUUCUAUGAUCAGAUGUCUAGAGAAGAAUACUCUUGUCCAGUGUUUUGUGAUGAAGAGUUGGCAUUUACGCUCCUUAUUCACGGCAAUAAGAUGUGUUUUACUCUUUGUUGUUGACGUUUUUGCUCUACUGUGCUUCUCACUGGUAGGCACGCAGUUUUCCAUGUACCCGAUCAGUUAUGUCACCCCCUGGUUCUCACUUUGAGCACAGUUCUUACAAUUAAAUCUGUAAAGCCUGGUUUAAUCAGGUUUCAAAUUAAGUCAAUGAAAUUCUAAUGCCAUAUACAAAUGAGAAUAUUUUGUUCAGAAAGUUUAUGGAUUUUUUGCCUAGUGUGUACAAAAAGUGCCUCUGGCCUUGAAGAUAAUGAAGGAAAUGUUGAACUGCUCUUUUGAUGUUUUAAGCGUUUACAUAUGACAAGUUUGACUAUACUAAGUAUUGUUGAAUCGCUUUUUGUUAGAGGAUACUUCAUGUCAACUUUUGUCGGCUUUAGACUGAAUAAACAGCUUAAUGAAAUAAAA